UUCAGCUUGUAGCCGAAUGUAUCAUCGAUUUCGUUUCGUCGUAGUAGCAAACUAGUGGCACUAUCUUAUCGCUUUAUUAUUAUUAUUAGAAAGCCGUAUCAUCCAGUUACGCAACGUACGUAUUAGGCUAUGUAAGUAAUGCGUUUAUUACUGAGGCCGAUAGUUAUAGUUAGGAAGGCGCUGCAGGCGAACAGGAGCGUGCAGUUGAAGCAUCCAUUCACAACAGCAUUAGUGUGGAGAGCCAUGGAGGAUAAAGAGUCGUUGAAGAAAAGAUUGACCCCACUGCAGUAUCAUGUAACUCAAGAAGCAGGAACAGAAAGACCGUAUACAGGUUGUUACAACAAAUUCUAUGAAGAAGGCAUGUAUUGUUGUGUAGUUUGUAGGCAAGACCUAUUCACUUCUAAGACCAAGUAUGACUCUGGAUGUGGCUGGCCAGCAUUUAAUGAUGUUCUCUCCAAAGAAAAGGUUACUUUGCAUCAGGACACAAGUGCAGUUGGGGCAAAUAUAUUACUGGUUUUAACACGACCAGGUUUGGUGCGAACUGAGGUGCGAUGCUCCAAGUGCUCCGCUCACCUGGGACACGUGUUCGAUGACGGGCCAGCGCCCACACGAAAACGCUUUUGCAUUAAUUCCGCUUCUUUGGACUUCAUACCUGCUGAAGAGAGGAAAGACUAACGUGUCGCCACGUGUAAAAUAAUAUAAUAAUAAUAACAUAUACGAUAUAGACUAUGCCUUGUUUGUAGUCGUAAGUACGAAAAUGCUUUGAUCAAAUAAUUCGGCAGAAUUUAAUACUCACAGUGAUAAUAAAAUCAAAUGUUUGAAUUUUCUUCCAACGAAUCGAAUAUGUUCUUGUAAUAAACAAUCCGAAGAUUAUAUUUUUAUAGAAAAUAUCACCUUUGUGCCUAAUCAUAAUAAUUGUCUACGUGUCGCAGAUGCCAGGUAUUAUUUUUACCGACUUCACAAAAAGGAGGAGGUACUAUGUUCGGCUGUUUGUAUGUUUUUUUUUUUUUUUUUUUUUUUGUAUGUUUGUUCAUCGAAUACUCCGUCAAUUGUCGACGGAUUUUCAAAAUUAUUUUUUGUUCGAAAGUAGAUAGUUCUGAGGUGGUCCCAUUGUCACCAAGUUUGGAUCUGAUGAUGGGAUCUUAGAGAAAUCGAGGGAACUCCUCAAAUAUUAUAGGGAACUAUAUAGUGAUUUUGGUAUAUUUAUCUAGAAUUGAAGCAUUUACAGUCAAAAAGUAACCUUUGAAGAGGUGGAACUGAUGAAGAAGACCAGAAAUGGCCAAUGGAACUUCAUACUCACAUAGAAAUCACAAUAAAGUUAAUUAAUACUCCGUCAAUUGUCGACGGAUUUUCAAAAUUCUUUUUUUGUUCGAAAGUAGAUAGUUCUGAGGUGGUCCCAUUGUCACCAAGUUAGGAUCUGAUGAUGGGAUCUUAGAGAAAUCGAGGGAACUCCUUAAAUAUUAUAGGGAACUAUAUAGUGAUUUUGGUUUAUUCAUCUAGAAUUGAAGCAUUUACAGUCAAAAAGUAACCUUUGAAGAGGUGGAACUGAUGAAGAAGACCAGAAAUGGCCAAUGGAACUUCAUACUCACAUAGAAAUCACAAUAAAGUUAAUUAAUACUCCGUCAAUUGUCGACGGAUUUUCAAAAUUCUUUUUUUGUUCGAAAGUAAAUAGUUCUGAGGUGGUCCCAUUGUCACCAAGUUAGGAUCUGAUGAUGGGAUCUUAGAGAAAUCGAGGGAACUCCUCAAAUAUUAUAGGGAACUAUAUCGUGAUUUUGGUAUAUUCAUCUAGAAUUGAAGCAUUUACAGUCAAAAAGUAACCUUUGAAGAGGUGGAACUGAUGAAGAAGACCAGAAAUGGCCAAUGGAACUUUAUACUCACAUAGAAAUCACAAUAACGUUAAUUAAGUGACUGUGGCAAUACAAAUAAAUAAAGUAGUUAUUGAGAUAAAGAAUUUUAACCGACUUUUUUUUAGUUGCGAUACUCAGUAUCGCAACUAAAAAUUGUGAAAUAAAAUACUUUUUACAAAAAAAUAAUUGUAAAAUCUUUUCUACCUGAUUGUACAUCGGUACCAUUAUAAUAAUUACUACUACGAGGCACCUAUUUUCAUUUUAUUUAAAGACCGAAAUAAUUUAGUUACCAUACCAAGUCAUUGUUAUUUUAAUUUUAUGUGCACACCAAUAAAUAAUCUCCUACGACAAAUACAAACAACUACCUAUUACUAAUGUAUUGAAUUACUUUAUAUUAGUCUUGGAGAUUACAUGUGGUGAUUUUGUUGUUAAUUUAUUUUUUAUGACAUAAAGUGGUACUUGUGUAGUACAAAUCUUUAUACAUAACUGCUGAUUAUUUAUUAGAUACAUAGAUAUUAUUUGGAUAAUACAAUAAAUAUUUUUUGUAAUUUAAACAA